UCUCUCUAAUUUCAAAGAGUAUACAUUCAAAAGCUCCUGUGUCCCUCCCUUUUAACCUUCAUUUCUCCCUCUGAAAAUUUUCUAAUCUUCUCUCUCUUAGGGUUUCUACUGGAGUGCUCUCAGCUUAGAUUCAGUUGGAAAUGAAUGGUCUGAUGAGGUUAUAGUUCAAACACGGGUACAAGUAACUUGUAGAAUAGAUCAUGGAUCAGUCGGAGCAAACACAACAGCAACAGCAGCCUGUAAUGGGAGUGGUAGCUGGUGCAGGUCAGAUGUCCUAUACUACUAACCCCUACCAAACUGCUGCAAUGAUGGCUUCAGGAACACCUGCUAUAGCUGUGCCUUCUCCUACUCAGCCACCAACCACUUUCUCCAACUCCCCUCAUCAGCUUACCUACCAACAGGCCCAGCACUUCCACCAUCAACAGCAGCAGCAGCAGCUUCAAAUGUUCUGGGCCAACCAAAUGCAAGAAAUUGAGCAGAUAACUGACUUCAAGAAUCACAGCCUCCCACUUGCUCGGAUUAAAAAAAUAAUGAAAGCUGAUGAAGAUGUCCGAAUGAUUUCAGCUGAGGCCCCCGUUAUAUUUGCUAAAGCAUGUGAAAUGUUCAUCUUGGAGCUGACCCUGCGCUCCUGGAUUCACACAGAAGAGAACAAGCGGAGGACAUUACAAAAGAAUGACAUUGCAGCAGCAAUAUCAAGGACUGACGUUUUUGAUUUCUUGGUUGAUAUUAUUCCCAGAGAUGAAUUAAAAGAGGAGGGAUUAGGGGUCACUAAGGCUACUAUUCCUAUGGUUGGUUCUCCUGCUGAAAUUCCGUAUUACUAUGUCCCACCACAGCCUCCUGUGGGACCUCCAGGGAUGAUUAUGGGAAAACCAGUUGAUCAAGCAGCAGCCUUUGGAGCCCAGCAGCUUCGACCACCCGUGGCAUUCAUGCCGUGGCCACAGACUCAACCACCACCACCACCACAACAAGAAGCUCAACAGCAGCAAAGUGAUACUUGAUGAAAUUCCGGAUAAUGUGCAGGUUGAUUGUUAGCAUAGGGCUGGUGAUUGACAAUGAAUUUUAGUAGCGUCCUGUAUCUUUAAUGAAAGGUUGGCGUUAGUCUUUGUAAUGCUAAAACUGAGUUGUUUAUUCUAGUCAAAUCAAAUGAGGCAGCUGGAUCUUGUA